GUCAAAGCAACCUCAUAGACAGCAACAUGGUUGGGUGGACAGACUUUGAGCGCGCCACAAUCCAAAGCAUCUUCUCAAAGAUGAACUACGAUGAUGUAGGCCCCGCGGCUCUUUCCAGAUGUCUGGUCGUGUACCCCUGGACCCAGAGGUAUUUUGGUAACUUCGGAAACCUGUACAACGCCGCUGCCAUCCAGGGAAAACCAAUGGUCGCCGCUCACGGAAAGACCGUCCUGCACGGACUGGACCGGGCUGUCAAGAACAUGGAUGACAUCAAGGCCACCUACGCAGAGCUGAGCGUGCUGCACUCCGAGAAACUGCGCGUGGAUCCCGACAACUUCCGGGUAAAGUGAAAUGUUCUACUUCACACAGGGUACUUGCCUAUCUAUUAAAAUAGUGUGGUAGAAUGCGUUUUCUUACAUGUCCAUUUGCUCCUUUCUUUUGCAGCUGCUGGCUGACUGCCUUACUAUUGUCGUUGCUGCGAGAAUGGGUGCUGCCUUC